AUGUACGCCGCAUGGAGUAUUCUGUACCAGCUGGCACAUGCCAUUUUGCAUGCACAAUACGACGGCCAACGGCUCGAAUCUGUACCGGGCUUGGACACCCUUAAGCGACCAAAAGCGACCGGGGUCCUCUCGAAAAUCACGGCUCAUGCAGCUGGAGUCGCCGAUGCGGCACGACGUCGACGACAUGACACGGCACGCCUGACUCGACCGAUUCGCACCGCGCUCAGCUGA